UCACCAGACCUGAAGGACAGUGCUCUCUAGACAGGCUACAUUUACAGUAGAUUUUACUGUCAUCUUCAAAAGUUCUUUAACAACAGGAAAAACACCGUAUUUAUUUUUUUAUUCUUUGAUUUUUUUAGUUGUUGAGAACAAAAACUUUGUUAUUUAUUAUUACGUUUAGAUUAUUUUAAAUAAACUUUUUUCAGCCAUGAGUUCAAGCAGUGAGCCUUUGGAAAUAACCGGCAAUGAGCUGGUUCACAUACUCAGGACCCCCAGGGAGCAGUACACCUCUGCUGGGUGUACGGUGCUCGAUUGCAGACCUUUUCUCGACUUUUCUUUUGCUCACAUUUGCGAGUCCCGAAACGUCAACUGGAACUCAAUGCUGCGUCGAAGAUCCAAGAGCUCGGUGGUGGCUCUGGAGUGGCUCAUCCCGGACAAGGCGCUCCUGGGCCGGCUGCGGCGCGGGGAGUUCUCCCCGGUGGUGGUGGUGGAUGAGAGGAGCUGCUCCGUGGCCGAGCUGAAGGCAGAGAGUGUGGCCCAGAUGCUGCUCACCGCACUGCAAAACGAAGUUCACACGCAGAUCUGCUUUCUACAAGGUGGAUUUGAGGGAUUUUCAGAGGCCUAUCCAGAGCUCUGUUACAGCUCAGCCAGCAAUCACCUCCCUACAGUGGAACCAGAGCCAACAGUGACAGGUCGGAGGACACCAGCAUAUGAUCGGGAUGGUCCAGUGGAGCUGCUGCCCUUCCUGUUUUUGGGCAGUGCUAUCCACUCCUCCCGCAAAGAGACCCUCGCAGCAGCAGGCAUUACAGCUGUGCUCAACGUUUCCUCUACAUGCCCUAACUUCUAUGAGGGGGAGUUUCAGUACCUGCGGCUUACUGUGGAGGACAGCCUCGCUGCUGACAUCAGGGCCUGCUUCUCCACGGCUAUCGCCUUCAUUGACUCAGUGAAGCAGAGUGGCGGUCGGGUGCUGGUGCACUGCCAGGCAGGUAUCUCUCGCUCUGCCACCAUCUGUCUGGCCUACCUCAUGCACACGCAGCGCGUCAGGCUGGAUGAGGCCUUUGACUUUGUGAAACAGCGGCGUCAGGUCAUCUCCCCGAACCUGGCCUUCAUGGGACAGCUGCUGCAGUUCGAGACAGACGUGCUCUGCCAGGGGUGAAGACACAGACGCAUUAAACGGAAGGAAAUCUUCACCACUGUUCUUUUUAAUUAAUUCUCCUGCCUCUUGUAGGCAUUGACUCAGAGCAUUAUCAAGACUCACGUGUGCAAAUGUGUUUCUUGUACUAUUGAGGGUACUACAUUUCAGGAGUGAAUACUUUGUACAUUGUGAGAAAAGCUUCAUGUGCUGCUGGCAUCACAUGGCUGGUGAAUCUGGACUACUAAGAAACUGACAAACAGCAGCUGGCAAUAUAAACCUGUUAUGAACCACUGUGAUUGUGAGCAAGCAAGUUGGAGCAGCUAUGAGGUGAUUUCCCUGACGUUUUAUACUCGAGGGAAAUGGUGCCUGCUUGUCUGGUUUUAUGUGUUACUUUGUUUGACGUAUGUGCCUGAUCUUUUGCAAGGGCGGUCUUAUUUUCAUACUGAAAGUCAUUCCUUCACAUUUACGACACUGUGACAUGAAAUGUCUUUUUAUAAGGCAACACUGUGUUAACUACUUAUGGCAAUACUGGACGAAUCUCAAGUUUAAUUGUCUAUUUUCUUUCUUUUUUUUUAAAUCACCAAUUACUGUUGGUGUGUUAUCAUGCUGUAUCCUGAGAUAGAUUACACUUUGUACAAGCUGGAAGAAGUUGUUUUUAUUUUGUAAAUAGAUUUUUUAUUUUUAUUUAUUACUUGUAAUGGCAGUGUAGCAUUAUUACUGUCUGUUAAUGCACUUUAUACCCACAUGGUUUGGCUUAUUCCUGCUUUUUUCCACCAAAAUAAAAACAUGCAGGAGAACACUGA